UUGAGCUUGCAAAGCACAACACGGUGGCUUUCUGCACAGCAUUGUUGCAUCUAGUCGCACCAGAAUGCAAAGUGGAAAAAUUUAGUUACAUUGAACGUUGUCAACAAGACCUCUGCAAAUGUCCCAAGAAAUAUGACAAAAACUGUGCCUGCGACACAAUGUCAGAAUAUGCGAGGGAGUGUUCCAGAAUGCUGCAGACCAUCUACAACUGGAGAAGGAACGAUCUCUGUUCUCCAGCUAAAUGUCCAACAAAUCAAAUAUACUUGGAAUGUGGCUCACCUUGUUAUGCCACUUGUUCCAAUUUACGCACCACCUGUGAUAGUCAUGGCACCUAUGGCUGUUUCUGCCCAGAAGGGACUGUUCUUGAUGAUAUCUCCAAAGAGGACUUAUGUGUACCCUUAGAGCAGUGUCCCUGUAUUUGGAAUGAGGAAAUAUACCAUCCUGGAGAAAGAAGGAACGGGCUGUGUAGAACUUGCGUAUGUUCUAUGGGCCAAUGGAACUGCACUAAUCUUUCGUGUCCAGGGACAUGUUCUGUUGAAGGAGGCUCAUUCUUCACCACAUUUGAUUCAAGAUCAUACAGACUAUAUGGAGCUUGUACCUAUGUGCUGGUCAAAAGUUCAAUGUUGCCUGAACAUGGCCACAUAGAGGGAGUUUUUGCACGGUGUGGUGUGAAGCCAACAGAGAUUUGUGUAAAAGCCAUAGUGUACACUAAUAACAAGGUGAAGAUCACAUUCCUAAAAGGAGGCCUGGUCUAUGUGGAUAAUAAGUUCCGGGGUUUACCCUACGUGACAGGGGACAUCAGGAUUCACAGGAAGUCAGCAAAAUAUGUUCAGAUGAGCACCCAGUUUGGCCUGAAGAUGGAGAUCCUGGUUCAUCCGAUUCUUCAGCUGUACAUUACUGUACAGAUCACCUUUUUUGGCACUGCAGAUGGACUGUGUGGCAAUUUCAAUGGAGAUGCUGAGGACGAUUUUAGGAGCUGUAUGGAAAUCUCAGAAGGAACUUCGGCUAUAUUUGUGAACUCGUGGCAAGUGGGUGGACACUGUGCAUCUGCGACUGAACAAACUAUAGACCCAUGCUCAUUAAGUCAUUUCAAAUCGGCUUAUGCACAGCAGCACUGCUAUAUAUUGUUGAAUAAGACCAGCAUAUUUGGAAGAUGUCAUGGUUUCGUUGGCCCAAUGGAAUAUUAUGAGCGCUGUAGAUAUGAGACAUGCAACUAUGAAAGCAUUCAGGACUUUCUGUGCAGUGCACUUGAGUCCUACGUUCAAGCUUGUAAACUUCGGGGCAUUGUCCUGGAAGACUGGAUGCGUCAUGUGGAUGCUUGUGAGGCUAACUAUCGAGACAUGGUCAAUGGUGAGAGCUGCGAGCAACAACAUCUUUGUCCUUGUGUAAUGAAUGGGAAUAUCUAUGCCUCUGGAGAGAAGGAGGACACUCUGUGCAAAUCCUGUGUGUGUACCGUAGGCCAGUGGAACUGCACUAGUGAGCCGUGCCUUGGGACCUGUUCAGUUGAAGGAGGGUCGUAUGUCACCUCGUUUGAUUUAAAGAGAUACAGAUUUCAUGGGCUCUGCACUUAUCUGCUCUUCAAAAGUGCACAGAACCCGAAGGCUGGGCACAUAGCAGCAACUUUUUAUGCAUGUGGUGAAACAUCAACCGAAAUCUGCCUGAAGACCCUAAUCUACACCAUUAAUAAGGUAAAAAUCGAAAUUUCAAGGCAGGACACAAUAAAAGUAAAUGAUGAAAUUAAGCUCUUACCCUACAAAACAGGUGCCAUCACAAUCUACAGACAGUCUUCGAUGUACAUUCAAUUAAGCACCUCUUAUGGUCUGGAGAUGCAGAUCCAGAUCCAGCCGGUGACUCAGGUGUACAUCAAUAUUGACAGUUCCUUUUUUGGCACCACCUUUGGACUGUGUGGUAAUUUUAAUGGUGAGUCCAAGGAUGAUUUCAUGAGCAGCACUGGAAUCUUGGAACAUACUCCUGCUCCUUUCGUGGAUUCCUGGCAUCUUGAUCGACACUGUGCUCCUGUAAUUGAUACGCAACCAUGCAAAUCCAGCCUCUCCAACUGGGGCUAUCCACCGACCCUGUGUUACCUCCUGCUUGAUACAACCAGCAUAUUUGGAAGGGGACAUCAUUUAGUAGAUCCUUUGCCCUAUGAAGAGAAAUGUAGAUAUGAAACAUGUAACUAUAAAACGAAUCCAGACUUUCUGUGUUCAGCCCUCGGGUCGUACGCUCAUGCUUGCGCCGCAAAGAAGCUGAUCUUGACCAACUGGAGGAAUAGUGCACGUCGCUGCAAAAUCACAUGUCCCGGGAAGCAGAUUUUCAGUUACAACGCCAAGGCUUGUGAACGGACAUGUAUGUCACUGUCUGACAGGGAUUUUGAAUUUACUGCCACUGAUGUUCCAGUGGAGGGCUGUGUAUGCCCAUUGGGCCUGUAUCUGGACACUUAUGGUAGAUGUGUCAAAGCAACACAAUGCUCCUGCAUUCUGAGCAAUGGUAAAGUGCUAGCACCAGGCAAGACAACAGUAAUUAAUGGUCAGAGUUGCUGCUGCAGAGAAGGGAAAGUGAAGUGCUCUGGCCAGUUUACAGAUUACAAAGGACUUUGCAAUCCUCAAAAAGUUUACUUUAACUGUGCAUAUGGGGCUCAGGACCAGUUUGGUACCUCCUGCGCUCAGACCUGCCAAAUGAUUGCCAUGAAUGUUUCCUGUACACCAACUGAGUGUGUGUCAGGCUGUAUCUGUCUUGAAGGGACGGUUCUUGAUGAAAAUGACACAUGUGUCCACCCCAACAAUUGCUCCUGUAAAUUCAGGUCUGAGAUCUAUAAGCGGGGAGAGAAAAUGAUCAAAGACUGUCAGAAAUGUGUCUGCCUGAGAGGUAAAUGGAAAUGUGAAGAGAAAGUGAGCUGUCCAGCGACAUGCGCCAUUCACGGCGAUGGCCACCUUACCACCUUUGAUGGCAAAUCCUUUACGUUCGAUGGUAAUUGUGAAUACACUUUAGUUCAGGAUUCCUGCUGUGCCAACAGCACCCGCCCCAGCUUCAAGGUUGUGACUGAGAAUAUGAUUUGUAGCAGCAGAUCGGGAGCAACUUGUUCCAGGGAGAUAAAAAUCUACAUUGGGGAUGUUCUGAUACAAAUGACAGAUGGCACGUACAAAGUAACCCCUGAAACUCAGACAAACAGUUUUCACAUAUCCGUCAAUCCUAUGUAUCUGUCUUUCGAAGCAACCAUCUCUGGAAGUCAUAUCCUCAGCAUCUUAUGGAAUAAGAACACAAAUGCUUUUAUCCAGAUCACCCGACAGUCUCAGCUUUCAGUUUGUGGUCUCUGUGGCAAUUUCAAUGGUGAUAUAAGAGAUGAUUUUUUAACUCGGAACAUGUACAUUGCUGCCGAUCCACUAGAAUUUGCAAACACUUGGAAGGAAGAGCCCACGUGUCAAGAUGUGACUGUAAUUAUAGAUCCAUGUGAUCUCAGUCCAGCUCGUUUGGCCUGGGCACAAAAGCAGUGUGCUGUGAUUAACAGUGCCAUCUUCAACUCGUGCCACAAGGUGGUUUUCCAACUUCCAUAUUAUAAGAAGUGCAUCCGAGAUGCUUGUGGCUGUGAAGUAUUUGGGGACUGUGACUGCCUGUGCGGAGCUGUGGCCGUUUACGCUAAAGCUUGCUUAGACAAAGGGAUCUGUAUCGACUGGAGAACCAUCAGUUUUUGUCCGAUUUACUGUGAGUAUUUCAACAACCACGACGACCAUUAUAAUGACGAGUUCAGAGCUGUGCAGACUGGGAAUUGCUCCUGGCAUUAUCAGCCUUGUAUUUGUCCUGCCAACGUUUGGAGCUUCCCAAAGAGCAAUAUGGAAGGUUGCUACAAAUGCCCAGUGCAUCAGUACUAUGAUGAAGAGCAGCAGUUAUGUGUGGCCUGUGAAUAAAGGUCAAUUAUGGGCUUAAUACUUUCCAGAAUGUAGCAUGGGAAUAAGAACUGGGAAGAGAUGCUUCUGAAGAUGACUAAUUAGUUUACUUUCCAGCCAACACAAGAACACAGACCAAGAACCAAUCAGCCUUUCUUCAGUAAAACAGGCCGGCAUCAGAAUCAGAUUGUCUGCUGAUCUCACUCAUUUGCAUUUGUACUUGGUCACUGAGCGCUUAGACAUUCUCAGUUUAAUUCACCUGAAUCUGAGUUCUAUUCAUUGUAAAUUUACACAAUACAUCUGCCCUCAUCCCAGUUUACACUGUCCUCCCUCCCUCCAUGGUUGAAGCUGCAUUUUCCUAUCUGUAGAGAUUUGGUACUGACUGGAGAAGGGUGUUAGAAUAAAUCAGAUACUCAAAA